UCAUGGCGCCUCAAGUGGCUGCCAGUGGUAUUACACAAGCAGCAGGACCGCUGCGACUCGCCACUCCACAGGAAGGAUGUGAUCCUCCUACAUCAACACUCCAUUCAUACACAACGCACAAGAAAGAAAAGCUGGACCAGGAGGGAGCCACAGGAGCAGGGGGGAUGAACCGCGAGGAGGCGCCGGGGAAGUCUCCUGAAGACAUGUACAUCCAGCAGAAAGUGCGGGUCCUGCUCAUGCUUAAGAAAAUGGGAUCAAAUCUUACACCAAGUGAAGAGGCUUUUCUCCGGAAUUAUGCAGGCGUGGUCCACACUCAGAUGAGCCAGCUACCACAGCACAGCAUUGAUCAUGGUGCGGAGGACGUGGUGAUGGCGUUCUCACGGUCGGAGACGGAGGAUCGGCGACAAUGACCAAGAGGCCACGGGCACCUCUCCUGUUGUACACAACCCACAGCCCAAACCCUCAGCUCUGGGGUGGAGGAUUGACCCGGGAAGGGCCGGGGGGGGCAUCGGUCACCAACCUUGACUCCCUCCCUUUUUUAUUUGUUUCAUUUACGGGUCGCCAUGGGUUGAAGCCUUCAAGGCCAUCAGUGAAAAUACUCAAAAUGUAGUUUUAUUUGAAUGGGGGGGGGGGCUUUGUAUUGGCAGUCUCGUGGUGUUGAUAGUUGAUACUUUAUAGUCGUGUGUUCUGUCUGUGGACGUCAUUGGGUCAAGUCAGCAGCCAAGUGGAACUCCGGGGGCCUCCUUUAUAAAAACCGCAACAUUAAACCCUCACUUUUAUAACUUUUAGGUCAUCACCCUCAUUAUAGAGCCCAUUGAGUGACUCGUGUGGCUUUUGUUUUUCUACCAGCCUAGCAUAGAUGCCAACCAUCCAUCACCACGGAGUAGCUUCGUGAUGUAUGGGUGCAUUCUCGAUACGUCGGUGCAGGUUUUAUAAAUGAGGCCCCACUUUGCACUCGUGUUGCUUUAUUAAGUGUGAAUGGGGGGGGCACACAGUUGGCAUUAAAUUAUUGUACAGAUAGUUGGGAAAAUCCAAUAAUGAACUCAUUGUGCUGCGUUUUUUAAUCUGUCAAAUGAAAUUAGCACAGUGAGGCAUUUCAUAAGUAGUCCUAAUUUAUUGUUUACGGAACUGAACCUGCAUCCUCUCAAAAUAUUUGAAUGACAUGUCGCUAAACCAAAACAGAAGAAAGUGUGCUAUUUCGGAUCAUACUGUAUCUCUUGCACUACUAUCAGCGGGAUAUUGGCAGAAAAGACCAUGUUGAUAUGUUAUAUUCUCUUUGAAUUCACUCAAGUGAGCAGGGUGUUUUUCUAGCAACACACUCAGUAUUUAACGUGUUUGAGUACACUUUGUAUAACUUAAGUGAAUUGUAGCGUUUCAAUGCCAAGCAUGUCUGCCUCGUACGUUUUUGCGCUUUUAAAAAAGAAAUAACAUUUUGGUCCUUCGUCUGCUUGGUGUGUGAAUGUGGUCAGAAAUCAAACAGCCAACAGAUGGGACAUAGAUGUCUUUAUGUUUACCUUUGUUUUGAAAACAUUCUUUUUGUGUUGUCUAUGCAUUAUUUUCAUUUCCUCUCAAGGUGUCUUACUGUACAUUUUGCUUACCAGGGUUGCUCGGCAACCUUUUAUGUGUGAGAGAGAGUGCAUGCUGCUGUUGGAUUAUUACUGUGAUAUGUUGCCCAAUUAGUCUUUUUUUAAGUGGGGGAGGGGCCGUGUGUAUUAAUUUUCAUCUCAGUCAAUAUUGAUUAUUUGGUGAUGGUUUUGUAUGGCUGUUGACAAUGUCUUUGACCUGAAGCUUCCAAACCGAUACUGACUGAACCAUUAAAGACAUUUGAAACAGCAAUGGUUGUCCUUUGGAUG